AAUUAACAGUAUUAUCAAAAACAGAAAUUCAUUACAAUGUUAUCCUUGAAGCCCUACAAAAAGUUGACGCCGAAGCUGAUUCUCAGCUUUUCAUUAAAUAUAAUAAAAAAGAAUGGAAUGAACCACCGGAUUUUUUAUUUGAACCUUCUCAAGCCUGGGAAGACAAUGAAGAAUUAGCUAACGACGAGAAUGCCCAAGUUUACCUGAGUAAUAAAUUAGUGAAGGCCAAACAGAAGUUAUCUGAUCUUAGUUCAGAAAUUGAGGCAAAGAAAAAAGAUAUAAGUGGCAUGGAAAAUCUUGUCAAUGCCUAUUCGAAGAAUCCCAGUCUUGGAGAUGCUGAUGUUGUUAAUGAGAAUUUAUUAGAAACUCUUCGUAAAGUCACAAGUUUGGAAACAAUGAAAACUUAUUACCAAACAGAAGUGAAUUCAAUUAUAACUGUGAUUGGGGAUAUUUCACCCGAACAGCAACCUCAUGAAUUUAAAAAUGCUGCUUUUACUAUUCCAACUAACUGUGAUCUAUGCCAAACUUCCAUUUGGGGUAUUGCAAAACAAGGUCUUAUGUGCAAAGAAUGUGGAUAUAAUUGCCAUGCUAAAUGUGAGAUGAAGGUUCCUCCUAAUUGUACGCGUAAAAAGGGAAUUAUUAAUCGUGGACUUGUUACAAGUAUUGCCUUUUCUAAUCCUACCUCACCCUGGGGCACUUUGUCGAAUCAAGAAGAUUAUCAAAGAGCUACCGCUUUAUAUGAUUAUGAAGCUGGUGGUCCAUCUGAAUUAAGCAUGAGAGCUGGCGAUACAAUGUUGGUUCUGGAACCAGACGAUGGUUCAGGCUGGGUCCAGGUUUUAAUCGAUGAGAAUUCAGGAUUAGUUCCAGCUUCAUAUAUUGAAAUUGAAAACCAUAAAUCGGGAGAUUAUGUUCGAGUACUUUAUAACUACGAUGCGCAAACGGCUGAAGAGUUGACUAUACAUGAAAAUGAAAUAAUUCUAGUUACUAAUCGCAAUAUUGGUGAUGGUUGGUGGGAAGGAAUGAUUGAUAACCAGAUAGGACAAUUUCCCGCCGCAUAUGUUGAAGAGUAUACUGGAUAG